CACUUGAAAGAAGAAUAACCAAAAAAACAUUUGGUAAGAGAAGGGGCCCUACAACUGCAUUAAUUAAUUAAUACCUUUUGGACUCAUCCCAGCCUAUAUAUACCAGACACAGUUGAACAUUAAAAAAAAGAAAAAGAAAAAGAAAUAGGAAGACGAUGGCAGCUCCCAUGGUUGAAAUGCUAACCCAAUUGUGGUCUGUAAUCGGAGGGCUGAUGGUGGGCUACGCCAUGUUCCAGAACUACUUCCCCCACGAGCUGAGCCGCCCCAUCAAGCGCUACUCCAAGAAAAUCAUCAACUUCUUCUACCCCUACAUUCACAUCACCUUCCCCGAGUACGAAGGCGACGGCUUCGAGCGCAGCAAAGCCUACGCCGCCAUCAAGCGCUACCUCAACGCCCACUCCACCAGCCAGGCCAAGCACCUCCAAGCCACCGUGGUCCGCGACACCGAGGCCGUGGUUCUCACCAUGGCAUCCAACUCCAGCGAGGAGGUCACCGACGAAUUCAACGGCAUCAAGCUCUGGUGGGCCUCGCGCGAGACCCCGCCUUCCUCGCAGACUAUCUCGUGGGGCCCAAGGGAGGCCGAUAAGAGGUUCUUCUCCCUCACCUUCCACAGAAGAUACCGUGACGUCAUCUGCGAUCUCUAUCUCAAGCACGUGCUCGCGCAGGGCAAGGCCAUCACCGUCAGGGAGAGGCGCAGGAAGCUCUUCACCAACAACAAGGGCAGCGAUGGCGGCUUCUACAGCCGCCGGAGAUUGUGGAGCGAGGUGCUCUUCGAUCACCCCGCCACCUUCCGUACCUUGGCCAUGGAUCCCGGCAAGAAGCAAGAGAUCAUCGACGAUCUCAUCAACUUCUCGGAAUCUAAGGAUUAUUACAAGUCGGUGGGGAAGGCGUGGAAGCGCGGGUAUCUCCUCUACGGGCCCCCUGGUACCGGCAAGUCAACCAUGAUCGCCGCCAUGGCUAAUCUCUUAGAAUACGACGUCUACGACCUCGAGCUCACCGCGGUGAAGGACAACACGGAAUUGAGGAAGCUGCUCAUCGACACCUCCGGCAAAUCCAUCAUCGUCAUCGAGGAUAUCGACUGCUCGCUGGAGCUGACGGGGCAGAGAGAGAAGACGGACAAGGAUGGAGAAGACAAGAAGAAAGAUGAAGAGAAUAAGGAUCCAGUUAAAAAGAAAAUGGAGGAGGCCGAGAAGAAGAAGACGAGCGAGGUGACACUUUCUGGGCUACUCAACUUCAUCGACGGCCUCUGGUCUGCCUGUGGAGGAGAGAGAAUCAUCGUCUUCACCACCAACUACGUGGAGAAGCUAGAUCCAGCUCUCAUUCGAAGAGGGAGAAUGGAUAUGCACAUUGAGCUCUCCUAUUGCGGCUUCGAGGCCUUCAAGGUCUUGGCGAACAACUAUUUGAAGAUUGAAGAGCAUGAUAUGUUCGAGAGCAUCAGGCGGCAGUUGGAGGAAACGAAGAUGACGCCGGCGGAUGUAGCUGAGAAUUUGAUGCCCAAAUUGCGGGGAGAAGACAAGGAGAGGUGUUUGACGAGAUUGGUGAAAGCGAUAGAGGAGGCCAAGCUCAAAGCCAAAGCCGAGGAGGAAGAGAAAUUCAAGGCAGAGAAAUUAGCCAAAGAGGCAGAAGAAGAGAAGAAUAAGAAAAAGGCUGCCGAAGAAAAACAAGAGAAGAAGAAAGAAAAUGGUGAUGCAGAGAAGACCACCACCACAAAUGGGGUAGCCAAAGAAAAUGGAGUAGUUGCAGAAAAUGGUGCAUAGAAAAUAAAUAUUGUUCCCUCAAAAUAUUGUAUUCAAUGUACUCUAUCUAUUGCAAUAUCAGAUUUUUAUUUCUCUCUA